AUGGCUUAUAUCCGGCCGGAUCCUCCUAAUGGAGGAGGCAGAGCAUGGUUGGUUGUUGUAGGCUCAUUUCUCCUUCAAAUGUCAUCUUUUGGAUACCUCAAUACCUGCGGAACUUUCCAAUACUAUUAUCAGAGUGCCAUGCUCCCUGACAAAAAUGCAUCACAGCUUGCUUGGAUCACAACUCUGCAGAUCGCUUUUUUCUUCGCAUGCGGGCCAGCUGUGGGCAAACUUGUGGAUGUGUAUGGUUCACGAGCAGUCAUCGCGCCAUUCGCUGCGCUGGCCGUCAUAUCACUUGGUAUGCUGAGCCUCUGCAGUGAGUACUACCAAGUACUCCUAGCUCAGGGGGUUGCUUUUGGAAUCGCAGUCUCCGGGACCUGUUUGCCCGCAAUAGUUACGGUGUCCCAAUGGUUCUCAACCAAAAGAGGAUUGGCUGUUGGUGUUGCGAGCUGUGGAAGUAGCGUUGGAGGUGUCAUCUUCCCCAUUAUGGUUUCCAGACUGAUCAAAUCCCACGGCUUUGCGACCUCUAUUAGAUGGUCAAUGGUUGUGGUUGGCGUAACUAUGCUGAUUGGGAUAUUGCUCUGCGACACACCGUUUCCACCACAAUACAAGCUGAAAAAGCUGCAAAUUGACGAGGAGGCUGUCCAGCAUACAGACAGGAAGAUCUCCCAGGAUAUAGAACCAGAUGAUUCUGAAUCGGUUAGGAAUAAAGCGGAGGAGGUUGGAUUGGAUUUCCCCGUGCUCGAGACUGCGAUACCACCAAUCAACGAAGAGAAAAACGCAAAGGGGGUGGGCGUCCUGCUUCAACGGAAACCACUUGGAUGGGCGGGUUUUGUUCUGGGGACCUUCUUCUUCAUCGCCGGUUCAAUGUUUGGUCGUGUGGGUCUGGGAGCUGUGUCCGACAAAUUGGGCGCAUUUAAUGUCAUGUGCAUUGUCACCACCUUCACUGCUACGUCAGUUUUAGCUUUUUGGCUCCCUCUCAGCAACAGCCCCUCCACGGUUGGUAUUUUUAUGUUUGGGGGGAUCUACGGGGUUGCUAGCGGCGGUUUUAUCAGCUUGAUCGCGCCUUGUGUUGUUUCUCUCGCAGACAGCCAGCUGGAGAACCUUGGCAUUACGUUCGGGCUUGUGUGUAUAGGCCUUGCAUUUGGCGCACUCGUCGGCUUACCAGCAAUGGCCGCUGUGAAAGACAGCGCUACCUCUCACAGCUUUGAAGAACUAAUUGUCUUCACAGGGGCAGUAUUGGCUGUCGGCUCGGUUUGCAUGAUCUUCGCCCGCUAUAUGAAAGGCGGAAUCAAUAUCUGGACCAAAGUCUAA